AUGUCUGUAACAACAAUGCCACCCAACAGCUGUAUUGCAGGAGAGAAGAGGAUUUCAAUCCUCAAGGAGCUGGAAAAGCUGGAACAUAGGUCAACACACGGCAAGGAUUACCCCAAUCGUGCUGAGGAAUAUACCCUAAUCCAAGUCAUUGGUGAGGGUACCGAGGGCACCGUUUGGAAGGCCGUGUGCAACAAGUACAAGUGUAACGUCGCCAUAAAGAUUGUCGACUUGGAAAAGGCUGCAGCUGACUGCGUCGAAGACUUAUUGAGAGAGGUAAAGGUAAUGACUGAAAACAAUCAUCCAAACCUGAUACAAUAUCAUACCUCAUUCUUAAAUGGAUCGUGCUUGUGGCUGGUACUCGAUUAUCUGGGUGCUGGUUCAUUGGCCGACAUUAUCAAAGAUAAAUAUCCAAACGGUAUACCUGAGGUCCUGGCCGUCACCGUACUCAAGUACGCCUUGAGAGGACUGGAAUCACUUCACACUCAUCACAGAAUCCACAGAGACUUCAAGUCUGACAACGUACUCAUUGGCGCCGAGGGUCAAGUUGAGGUGUCAGACUUUGGCGUGUCGGCCUUCAUGGAGAAGAGCCACCACGAUUAUAGAAAGACUGUUGUUGGAACACCAUGUUGGAUGGCACCUGAAAUAAUAACUGAGAAGGGAUAUAACCAAUCAGUUGAUAUUUGGUCAUUUGGUAUUACCGCCAUCGAGUUGGUAAGAGGUAAACCUCCCAACUGUGAGUUGCCACCAAACAAGGUGUUUAUGUCACUAUUGUUCAACUCUCCACCAUCUCUCCAGGAUGAGGUUGAGAAGGGAGUGAUCUCUCAGAACUACAAGGACAUGGUGGACAAGUGUCUGAUGAAGGACACGUCCAGACGCCCCUCGGCCUCCAAGUUGCUCGAGCACAAGGUCUUCCGUCAGGCCAAGAAGUACGAAUACAUAGUCCAACACCUCAUUAGUGAUCUGCCACCAUGUGAGGAACGAUAUAGAAAGAGCCACAGCCGUAGCACAUCGCCAACGUCCUCGGCCUGCAGCACACCUCAGAACAUGUCUCUGUCGGGCUCGCCAAAGAACCUGAGUCAAAGACACAUGGAACUCAACCAGUUGGUCUGCAGCGCGCCAGAUAUCCCCAACACAAUGGUGUUUGAGAGCUCAGCAAUGCUGAGUAAGUCCAACUCUGCCAUCGACCUAAAGAGCAAGGAGAACCCGAUCGUUCGCAACGCCUCACAUCCCCACGAGCUGACCAAACUCGAGAACAACAACAACUCGGCCAUCAGCACACCUAUCGAGCAGUCGCCCAAAGAGCUGAAAAAGUCCAAAGAGCAUCGCAAGUCCCUAUUUGGCCAGCUGAGCAAGAGUUCAAUCAUCAAGCUAUUCUCGCACACUCACAAGCAUGAUGGCGACGAGGAGAAGCCAAAGGACAAGCAUCUGCUACGAAAGAGCACCGGUACCGGUACUCCAAAGCUACAUGUCUAA